CACAAGAUAGAAGCUGCUGCUUCUGCUACCGCUGCAGGUAGCCAAUAAGUUCACCAAACUCACCGCAACUUCGUUUCGUUUCGUUUCUCUUUGGAUUUCAAUUUCUUACCAUUCCUCCAAUCUCCGUAACUCGUUUUUUUGCUUUGUCAAAGUUGUGAACUGUGAAUCUUCGAAAAAAUUUGGAUCUGUUUUGGUGUGAAACCCUAAUUUUCUGCUGCGAGGGUUUGAGAAGUGAGGUUCUGUUUUGAUGGAAGCUGAGGAUGGAACUAGUAAUGCUGAUAAGGCUGAACGAGCCGAACCGGAUUUGUGUUUGAAGAAUGAAGCUGUAAAUAAUGGGGUGACUAUUGAAGGUGGGAAUGGUGUUGCUGAAGGUGAAGAAGUUCGGGGCUUGAAUGAUGAAGCUGUAAAUAAUGGAGUGGCAAUUGCUGAUGGGAAUGGUGUUUCUCAAGGUGGAGAAGUUCGGUGCUUGAAGAAUGGAACUAUAGUCAAUGGAGUGUCUAUUGCAGAUGGGUUUGGUGUUGCUCAAGGUGGAGAGGUUCGGUGCUUGAAGAAUGGAACCAUAGUUAAUGGAGUGUCAAUUGCAGAUGGGUUUGGUGUUCCUGAAGGGGACUGUGGUGGAAUUGAAUGUCUUAGAACUUAUAAGAGGCGUAAGCAUGUAAAGUCGAGUUCAGAAAGUAAAGUUCAGGAACACAGCAGAGAAUAUGUGGAAGCUGCAAGUCACCUAUCAGACCAGGCUGUGAAGAAACCAUGUGAUUUAGCUGUAGGUAAUACUUCAAAAGAUUAUUCACAUGGACAUUGGGGAAAUGUUGUGCUAAAGCAUUUAUAUCAUUCAUCAAGCAAUGACAAUGGUGGCAUAGAGAGGUGCAUUAGUGAAGCACCCAUGAAUCGUCCUAAAACUAGUUGUGACAAUAUAGUUAUGGAAACUUCUAAAAUUGACAAAGAUGGUCAAGAAUGCUCUUCAAAAUUUGAGUGGUUGUCUCAUAGAUUACGGAGUGAAGCUAAUGGGCAUGCAAAUGUCAUGCAUAAUGGAUUUUCUAGUGACUCACAUUGUCACGGUGUGACUGAGAGGUGUCAGCAUGUGUUCUGUAAUAUCUUAGCCUCUGAAAAGUUCAGUUCAUUAUGUAAAGUGCUACUUGAAAAUUUCCCAGGAAUGAAACCUGAAAGUCUAUUUGACUUUAGUGUCAUAAACUCAAGGAUGAAAGAACACGCUUAUGAACAAUCACCUACACUUUUCUUGUCAGAUUUUCAGCAGGUUUGGAGAAAGCUUCAAGAUACUGGAAAUGAGAUUGUUGCUAUUGCUAAGAGCCUCUCCAACAUGUCAAAAGCUUCCUACUGUGAGCAGUUCUGUAACAUGGAAUCCGAGUCUCACAUGAAACCAGAGCGAACAGAAGAAUGUGGUACAUAUAAAAUUUGCACUUGCAGGCAUUGUGGAGACAAAGCAGAUGGGAAAGACUGUUUGGUUUGUGAUUCAUGCGAGGAGAUGUACCAUGUGUCCUGUAUUGAGCCUGCUGUGAAAGAAAUACCCCACAAAAGCUGGUUCUGUGUCAAUUGUACUGCUAGGGGAAUUGGAUCUCCUCAUGAGAAUUGUGUGGUGUGUGAAAGGUUGAAUAUACCAAAGACCCUGAACAACAUUGUUGGUGAGGAAAGCAUCCCUACAAAUGAGGAAACACUAAAUGAAGUGGAAGAGAAUCCUAAUUGUACUUAUGAUGGGAUUCAAGUUUCCAUAGGUGAGAAAAACUUCCCUGACUGCAAAAUUUGUGGAAUGGAGGUAGAUGGUGAAAAAAUAAAAAUAUGUGGUCACUCUUUUUGCCCCAGCAAAUACUACCAUGUAAGGUGUUUGUCAAGUAAGCAGAUUAAGUCAUAUGGUCGCUGUUGGUAUUGCCCUUCUUGUUUAUGCCGAGUUUGCCUCACUGAUCGAGAUGAUGAUAAGAUUGUUCUCUGUGAUGGCUGUGAUCAUGCAUACCAUAUCUAUUGCAUGAUACCUCCAAGAACUUCUGUUCCAAAAGGUCAAUGGUUUUGUAGUAAAUGUGAUGCAGGGAUCCAAGUAAUACGCCGGGCAAAAAAGGCAUAUGAGAGCAACAAGUUGAGAGCUGAUGAAAAUGUUUCAAAGCCAAAUGAUAAUACUGAUAAGAACUGGGAGAAUAAACGUGGACAGGAAUUGGACAAAGUUGGAGGAAUGGACAUGCUUUUAACUGCAGCCAAUACUCUGAAUUUUGAAGAGAACUUAGCUGCAGUCCAGAUUGACUCACAGAGAACUUGAGUUUUCUUGAGGGCAUACGUGUUAACUUCUAAUACCAAAUAUUUCAUAUUUCCUGCAUUUGGUUUGGAUGACUGAUUUUGUUAGGUUGUAAAACUAUGGUAGAUUUUGCUGACUCUUGGAUACAUAACAUUGGAAAGAUAGGAAUAUAGAGCCAAAGAGGAAAAAAAAUCAACAGAAACUGUGGUAAGUGCAGUCUGCAAGAUUAAGCAGGUCAGAUACUAUUGUAAUAGAUGUGGUUGAUAUGAAAUUUAAUUGGCUACUUUGCAUGUUCCAUGUAGAGUAUAUUAUCUUGUAUUGUCAUAUUUUAAA